AUGGCGGGCUUCACCGACGCAUUGGUGCUCGAGGCACCCGUACUCUGGUGGCCAUCAAUGGGCGACUUGCCUCGCUACCCGAUUGACGACCAGCGGUCAUUUGUGGCAGCCAUCGUGGAGGCAGCGAUGCCCUGGACGCAGGACACAUGCACGUCAAAGGGUGCCGCGAUUCGCACGUUGGGCCUCUCACGUCUGGGCCGCAGCGUCAUGAUAACGGCUGAAUGGGGCUGCCUCGACGAUAUUAACGCGGACCGAUUCCCAUUUGUUAAGGUUUGGAACCCGCUUCAAGGGUGCCCCGUGUACCUGCCAGUAAGCGUGGAGGCUGGGCUAGGGUUACUGGCCAGUGUACACCGCGGUGGCGAGAAUGGGAGUGGUACCGCAUUCUUGACUGCUCUGGAUUUACGUCAGUUGACUCUCGAUGAGCGAGUGCGCCUGACGCACCGCUCGCUUCGUGAGAUACUGAGCCAACACUGCUGCUCACGUACGGCCUUUCUGACCCGUAUGCAACGAUGCGCCCAACAGAAAGAAGAGUAUGUGCUGCUUCACCGCGCUCUCAAGCAGGCCCACGCCACGGCGCUUAAAUAUUUGAACCGAGCAGCGCAGGCCAUGGAUGGAAUCCUCGCCGGCGACUGUGGUUCACCCAAGCAGGCUGGUAUCUCUUCCACCUCCCUGUCGUCGCUCCUGUUCACUGGUGACACGCCAAGUCAGCAGCACCUGCUGCGUCUCCUGCAGACCACCACACCGUCAGUCGUCCAGGUAUCAAGCACGCAGGUGUUUGUGCUGGAGGCUCGUAGCCUCAACCUGGCAGAGGCACUGACUCUCCCCGAGCUUGAGGCGUUGGAGGUGGUGGAGGCGGUGCUGCGGCCACCUCCGUUGUGUGCCUCCGCUACCACUUUCUCUCGCACAGCACCGCCCUCGUCGCUAAGCACGGUGCAUAUUUCCCCAUGUCUGCUUGUCGUUAUGAAGUCUCUGCACCUGUUGGAGGCAAACGCAAACUCUCUCGUGGCCAGCGUGACGCACCAGCUGUGCGUGUGCCUAGACGCACUGCAUGCCGGUCCUGUACCGGCUCUCAUUUGGUCUUUCACAGAGGAUGUGCGCGACAUACCGCCGGCACUGCUCGCGCGCGUAGGAGCACAAUACGAGCGGCUCGCUACAACCACGGCUGAGGACCGCACCGCCUACCUGACGCGCCGCGUGACGCGCCUGCCAUUGGCCUUGUCGCUGCCGCAAGCCGUAUGUCACACGGCCGCCGUUUCAGUGGCCGAAAGCACUGCUCACUGGACGGUGGAUCAACUUGUGCGACUGCGCGAUGCGGAUCUUGUCCUUAUGCUUCCCUCCAUCCCUGUUCCUACCGAGAAGGUGAGCGAUGGCGCCUCAGGCCUAAGUAUGCGCCCACACGAGCAACAGAAAAGAGGCGUGGAAGUGCAAGAGGUGCAGGGUGGUGUACCUGCCACUUCAACUACCGCGAUGGUUGCACGGCGUCCAGAACCUCCGCCGUUUGACGUGUACAGCCGCCUCUACGGUAUCGAGGAGGCAAUAUGCACGGUGGAGGAGCUGAUAGUGUGGCCGCUGACGCAUCUUCUUCUCUUGCGCGAACUGGCGAUUCCCUGCGCGACGGGUGUCCUUCUCUGCGGGCCCAGCGGCUCCGGCAAGACAGCGCUCCUCUCCUGUCUCAGGCGACGGCUGCAGCUGCCAGACGCGCGACACAUCCACGUCAUGUCCGUGGACGGACUCUCCCUCAUUCAAAAGGAGGUCGGACACUCCGAGAAGAACAUCGCACAGCUCUUCAGCACCGCGCGCUCACUUGCGCCGGCGGCGCUCUUCAUUGACAACCUCGACUCUCUGGCCCCACCACGGGGGCGUACCACGGCAGAAACGAACACAACCGCCGAUCGCACACUUAGCACCCUCCUCACGCAGAUGGACGGCGUCGGCGGUGGGCAGGCAGACCGCAUCGUCGUCGUUGUUGCCUCGGCACCGUCCAUCGCCACGCUCGACCCGGCCGUGUGCCGUCCUGGGCGGUUGGACGUGCACGUGCAGCUGACCUCCCCGCCCACGAGUGCCUCAGCUGCCUUCAUGAAACGCCGACUUCGGGAAUUUGUGAGUCACAUGCAGCGAAGGCGUCAGUCUGACGGUUCACGAGUUAUCGAGAAUGAAGCAAGAGUUGCGAUGCUGGAGGUACUUGAGGAGGUCGAUCAGCUUGUGGAUGAGUACGUUGCCAGCGUCACAGCGAACGUGGGAAGCAGCGCAGAGGGUGACGCAGCGCUGCCACCGCGGCCAUCCCUCUCCCCAGCUGAGGUGACGGCAGCAAUACGUGAGGUGAUGCUAACUACCAUCGCGCGAAUUAAGCGAGAUGACGAUCCUACGCAACAUUCCGUGACUCCAUCGUCUAACACACAAGUGGUGGACAGAAGCAGCGAUGUGGCGCGCGCCGUACGAGACGCCGUCCGCCACCUUUACGCUGCAGCUUAA